GGUAACAGUCCACCUUCAACGGCUGCGAUCAAGAAACAUGUCGGAUCCGCAGCUGGUGAAGCGCAAACCGACUCCUAAACGGAUCUUUCUCAACAGCAUAGACUCGUACUCCUCCAGGAACAUCGCCAAGUUCCUGUGUAAAAGCACAGUAGUAGCUGAUGAUAAUCAUGAUGAUGAUGAGGAAGAGGAGGAGCAGCAGGAAGAGGACGUGUCCCACCACAGUCCAGCCUUUCAGGUGGUUGGAACUGUCUCUGAUCCGUCCAACGAGCCCAGCCCGCAUAUCCUGGAAGAAUACCAUCAUCCUGACAGAGAGACACUUCUGUCAAAGCUGAUGGAGUGCCAGGUUGUCAUUUACAACAUCAGCCAUGAUGCUGAGCAGGUGGAUGAAGCUAUCUGGGCUGUCACAGCUCUUCAUAAUCAAAUAGAGCAUUUUUCCAGUCCGAAGCUCUUCAUCCUCGUCUCCACUGUGAUGACAUGGGCCUCCAGCUUACCACUGGAUCCAGAAGAUCCGGAUCUUCCCUUCACUGACGAAAUUUUCUACUGCAGACGAGCUCAUCCUAGCUUCAAACGGCACAUCGACCUGGAGAAGGCAGUGGUCAAAAUAGGCAAAUCUAACAGAGAGAUUUUCACCACCUAUGUGGUGGCAUCAGGCCUGCAGUACGGAAUGGGAGAAGAUAUCUUCCACUACUUCUUCAAGGAAUCAUGGUUGGGAAAAGAAGAUGAAAUAUCCGUGUUUGGAGAUGGGAAUAACAUCGUUCCCACCAUCCACAUCAGAGACCUGGCCAGCGUGCUCCAGAAUGUAAUCGAACAUCAGCCCAGACCUUACUACCUGCUGGCUGUGGACUCGUCUCACAGCAGCAUGGAGGAGCUGGUGAAGGCCAUCGCCUCUGUUCUGGGACCUGGAAAGAUCCAGAAAAGGCCCUUUGAGGACAUCUUCCUCAUCCAGGACUUAAAUGUAUUGGCUAUUGAUUCGCUUCGGGUCAACCUCCGGAUGGAGGCAGUAACCAUCAACAGUCUGUUCUCCAUCAGCUGGCAUUGUGAGACUGGUCUGGUGGAAAACGUGGGGCUGGUGGUGGAGGAGUACCGGCAGGCUCGUGGGCUUCUGCCUCUUCAAGUCUGUAUCCUGGGUCCCCCUGCAGUGGGUAAGAGCACCUUGUCCGUACAGAUCUGUGAGCACUACAAACUCCAUCACAUUACACUGAAGGACACCAUCUCAGAGGUCAUCAGCCAGCUGGAAGAUACUGUGAAGAAUCCUGAUCCAGAUGCUGAGACGUCUGCAGCAGAGGCCCAAGACCUGCUCAACAACCUGAAUGACAGCGUGGAAAAUGACGACGUUUCAGAGGAGCAGAUGAAGCUGUUGAAGGAUAAGCUGAUGUCCAACCCGUGCAAAAACCAGGGUUAUCUUCUCGAUGAUUUUCCCAACACGUACGAGCAAGCUAAUGAGCUGUUUGGAGAGGACCCGGAUGAAUCGUUGCCAUCCAGCAGGAUUAUGCCAGAGUUCGUGUUGUGUCUGGACGCCCCCGACUCCGUCCUGAUAGACCGAGUGAUCAACCUCCCCGAGGAACUGGUGCAAGAGCUCGACUAUGAGCCGGAGCAGUACAUGAACCGGCUGGCCGUCUACAGAGAGAACAACCAAGAGGAUAAAACAGUUCUCAAUUUCUUCGAGGAGCUGGAUGUCAGUCCUCUGUACCUGGAGGUCACCAGCGGCGAAGAACCCGCCAGCUCACUGUUGAUGCAGAAGAUCUUCAGCACACUGGGCCCCCCGAGGACAUACGGUCCUAGCAGCCGGGAGGUGGAGGAGGAGGAGAGGGGGAAAGCAGAGGAGAAGAUACGGAGAGAGGCGGAGGAGAGGGCUGCGGAGGAGCAAAGGGAGGAGGAGGAGACCAGGAGCAGAGCUGCAUGCUGGGAGGAGUGGACUCGGACUUCAGAGGCGGGGAUGCAGCAGGAGGAGCAGUACCUGGAGAACCUGACUGGCCAAAUGAAAAGCUAUCUGAGGGAGCAUGUGAUGCCAACACUGAGCCAGGGUCUGAUCGAGUGCUGCAGAGCUCAGCCACCAGAGCCUCUGGACUUCCUGGCGGAGUACCUGUUCCGGAACGACCCACACGACCACCCCAGUAGAGAGGAUUCAUCUGUGAACCACGAUGUUCCUGUGCCGUUUGAUUAAACCGGUUGAGUCACAGUGUUGCUCUCCCACUGGACGUGUGCUGCGUUUUGGACUCCCGAGUACCGGCCGUGACUCGAAAACAACCGUUCGAAAGUGUGCAUGAAUCCAGAAGCUCAUUAGGAAGUUAAUUUGUUUAAUGAACUCAGGAGCGACCACACUCCGGUCAUAACAGCUCAGAUUUGGCUGUAGAUAUCUGGGAAGGAGAAACGCUACAAAAGGCAGCUAAUUUGCAGCUCUCUGGAGUUCCCUCUCGCAGCUCCAAAGUGUUCAUAAUUAGCCGCAACAGAAGCCCAAAUAAUUUCAUUGAACAUAAUCACUACGCAGGGAAAUUAGUGGGAAACACUGUGACAAAUAACACAACGUGAAGAGAAAAGAGCAAUUCGCAUUCUGUAAUAAAUGUGUUGGCACAACGUUUGAACAGCCUUGUGUGACUUUCUCUUUGUCACCAACUUGUUCCUGUAAGAUUUAGAUGUUGUAGAAGUAUUUAUCCUAAACAACAUGUAUUAAUUUUACAGAGCAGGAGUGGUCCAUUUUUGGUUUUCAACACUCUCUGUUAGGAACAGGUGGAGACAGCAGGCAAGUCAGUCCAGGGUGUCAAAUGCUUGAAACAUCACGGCAGAUACCCGAUACCAGCUUUAAAACACAGUGGUGGAGAGAUGCUGGUAGGGGAUUGUUUUGCUUCCACAGCCUGUGUGCAGAAUAUUGUUUUCCAUUGGCUUUAAUAAAAAAAAAA